GCCUUUCAUCUUCUCUUUUAGUCGUUGCUGUUAGGCUUCGUUGCUUCGCAGGAGGUUGUUGCUGUUAGGCUUCGUUGCUUCGCAGGAGGUGUAGAGAUUGCAUGCGUCGCUUCUUCGUUUCCUUCGUGACUGUUCAACUUCGCUCCUUCGACGUCUGUCCCUUCCCGUCGGAUCGGAAAUUUCUACAUUUUGAUCGGAAGCAAGAACGGGAGCUCGCUGGCUGUGAAGAUUUAGGAAAUGCACCUAAAGAUUUUUGGAUCGGAAGUUGUUUGUGGAAAAGAAUUUUGCUAUAUAUUUUAUAGCUCCUUUAAAGCCAAUCACCCUUGAGUGUACUACAUUGAUUAGAAUUGUUUGUGAAGAAGCACACUUCAAAUAGGUGCAAAAAGUACACGUGAAACUCACUCGCAAACUUGCCAACACAACUUCUUCAAAGCUGCCUCCUUUUGGACUUUUGGGUCACGUAUCGCGCAGCUUCACCAAUUUUUAAGAGAAUAAUCACAUAAUUUUUUUUAUCCCUAUCAGCCUCUAGGGCAAUGCACCAAUUCAAGAGCAAGGUGAGGGAAUUAGGUUAUUUGACUCAGUAUAAAGCCUUCUUUUCCUCUUCUUGGGGAUUAAGCUCAGCUGGUCUUUACCCAGAAAGCAGUAGGAGAUUCGAGCCUCUAAAACGGGUGGUAGUGAUCUCUGGUUAUGGAAGUUGUUGUACUUCUACCACAAGAAGGAUUGUAAAGGAUAUAACGAAGGCAGAAGGUAGCUCAGUACCGUUUGCUGAACUCUUUAGCCGGUAUAUAAGCUCAAUCCCUUCAAAGCAGCUGAAUAUAAACGAUACCAAGCACUGCAUGCUUCCUAGUUUUACCAGACCACUUUCAUCAAAUUACUCUUCACAAUCAUCACAGCAGGCAAAAGAGGAAUCAAGGAAAGAUAUCUCUACAAUUGAAGAUCCAUUUGAUGAUGCUCCCACGUAUAAUAUUCCAGAGAAACCAGUGACGUUUGUCGAGGGUGCUUCAUAUGGUGUCAUAAUACUUGCAGGCCUUGGAGUUGCCGCCUUAGCUGCUUAUGCUGUAUUUAAGGAGCUAAUCUUUGAGCCAAAAGAGUACAAGAUUUUUGGCAAGGCGCUUGACAGGGUUCAAAAUGAUAGCCAAGUUAAAGUGAGGAUUGGCUCCCCGGUGACUGGCUAUGGCCAGGAAAGUAGAAAUCGUGCUGCUCGUCAAAGGAUUUCUAAUAGGGUUUGGAAAGAUGAAGAUGGUGUUGAACAUGUUGAGGUUAACUUUUACAUCCGAGGCCCUCAUGGAGCUGGAAAGGUGUUUGCUGAAAUGUUCAAGGAUAACUCAGACAAGCAAUGGAGGUUCACGUAUCUGAUUGUGGAGAUUAUGUCGCCAACACAUACGCAGCUAAUGUUAGAAUCCUAUGUUCCAGCUUAGAAUUUUGGGCACGGAGCAAUUUACUUGCUCUCAAUCCUAAAUCCUAAUGUUCUGCUAGAAAAUUUGCAGAGGGCCAACGUAGAAAUCUUAUGUUCCAGCACAAGAUUUUGUGCUUGCCCUCAAUCCUAAAUCUUAAUGUUCUGCAAGAAAAUGGAGGAAGGGCCGUUGAGCGCCAAGUCAGACUGUCUCUCUUUAUAUUAUUUUUAGGUGCCUGUUCCAACCUUACCAUAAAAUUUCCUGCAUAUUUUCUUGAAGAUGACCCUCAUGCGACAAGCGUGCCAAAUGUUUCUUGCAGAGAUAAAUUUUGAGCCCUAUUUUCCAAUAAAGCUUUUGAUUGAUUUGAUAUAUUCUUGUACAUUUUUGUUCAGAAAAUAAUGUAGAAUUGAUUGGUGUAGGAUUGUCUGUCGGUAGCCAUAAUUGAACUGGAGAUCCUGUGCAUGGUCUGAGCUAGCCUUUCUUUUUAAUAUUUUAAAGAUUGAUUA